AUGACCCUUUAAAUUCUCGGAAAUAUCAGAAAUAGUCAUAUAUCGAAGCCGAGAAAGAGUAAGAAUGAGCGAUUGUAUUUCUCCCUAGAGUCACUUUGCCUCUUCUUUGAUUUUUCUCUGCAUCGUCGGUCUCUCUUUUGCGUUUCUCGAUCCCACCGUCAAAUCCUUCUCCGGCCAAUGACUAUGAUGACUCCGCCUCCCGUUGAUCAGCCAGAAGAUGAGGAGAUGCUUGUGCCGAAUUCAGAUUUGGUCGACGGUCCUGCUCAGCCCAUGGAAGUUACCCAACCCGAGACUGCUGCGAGUACUGUGGAGAACCAGCCAGCUGAGGAUCCUCCUUCUCUGAAAUUCACGUGGACUAUCCCUAAUUUCUCUAGGCAAAAUACCAGGAAGCAUUACUCCGAUGUAUUUGUCGUUGGAGGUUACAAAUGGCGCAUAUUAAUUUUCCCGAAAGGGAACAAUGUUGAUCAUUUGUCCAUGUACUUGGAUGUUUCUGAUGCUGCGAGUUUGCCGUACGGUUGGAGCAGAUAUGCUCAGUUCAGUCUGGCUGUAGUCAAUCAAAUCCACUCCAGAUAUACCAUUAGAAAGGAGACGCAACAUCAAUUCAAUGCUAGAGAAAGCGAUUGGGGAUUUACAUCAUUCAUGCCUCUUAGCGAACUUUAUGAUCCUAGUAGAGGAUAUUUAGUGAAUGAUACUGUUUUGGUUGAAGCUGAAGUCGCUACACUAUACCACAUACCUUACUUCAGAAAGGCUGUAUACCACAUGCCGACAACUGAGAACGAUUUACCCACAGCAAGUAUACCUUUGGCUCUCCAAAGUUUGUUUUACAAGCUCCAAUAUAAUGACACUAGUGUUGCAACAAAGGAGCUGACAAAGUCUUUUGGUUGGGAUACAUAUGAUUCCUUUAUGCAACAUGAUGUGCAAGAACUCAAUCGGGUUCUCUGCGAAAAGCUUGAGGACAAAAUGAAGGGAACUGUUGUGGAGGGAACAAUACAACAACUAUUUGAGGGCCACCAUAUGAAUUAUAUUGAGUGCAUAAAUGUAGAUUUCAAAUCGACACGGAAAGAAUCAUUUUACGAUCUUCAGCUGGAUGUGAAAGGCUGCAAGGAUGUUUAUGCUUCUUUUGACAAGUAUGUUGAAGUUGAACGUCUUGAAGGAGAUAACAAAUAUCAUGCAGAAGGACAUGGUUUACAGGAUGCAAAAAAAGGUGUUCUUUUCAUUGACUUUCCACCGGUUCUUCAACUCCAGCUCAAGAGGUUUGAAUAUGACUUUAUGAGGGACACCAUGGUAAAGAUAAACGAUCGGUAUGAGUUUCCUCUUGAACUGGAUCUUGAUAGAGAAAAUGGAAAGUAUCUGUCUCCUGAUGCUGACAGGAGUGUCCGCAACCUUUAUACUCUUCACAGUGUCUUAGUUCAUAGUGGAGGAGUACAUGGUGGGCACUAUUACGCUUUUAUAAGGCCUACGCUCUCAGAUCAGUGGUAUAAAUUUGAUGAUGAACGCGUAACAAAGGAAGAUUUGAAAAGGGCAUUGGAGGAGCAAUAUGGUGGUGAAGAAGAGCUACCACAGACUAAUCCUGGUUUCAAUAACCCUCCUUUCAAAUUCACAAAGUACUCGAAUGCUUACAUGCUUGUAUAUAUCCGGGAAAGUGACAAGGAUAAAAUAAUCUGCAACGUUGAUGAGAAAGACAUAGCAGAACAUUUAAGGGUGAGGCUAAAGAAAGAGCAAGAAGAAAAGGAAGAUAAAAGAAGAUACAAGGCACAAGCUCACCUAUAUACAAUAAUUAAGGUUGCAAGAGAUGAAGAUCUUAAGGAACAAAUCGGGAAGGAUAUAUAUUUUGAUCUUGUGGACCAUGACAAAGUUCGCAGUUUCCGUAUCCAGAAACAGACACCAUUUCAACAGUUUAAGGAGGAGGUAGCCAAAGAAUUUGGUGUACCUGUUCAGUUACAGAGGUUCUGGAUUUGGGCUAAGCGACAAAACCAUACCUAUCGUCCCAAUCGCCCCCUUACGCCUCAAGAGGAAUUACAACAGGUUGGACAAAUAAGAGAAGCAUCUAACAAGGCAAACACUGCAGAACUAAAGCUUUUCCUGGAAGUAGAGCACCUGGAUUUACGUCCUAUUCCUCCUCCUGAAAAAUCAAAAGAAGAUAUUCUGCUUUUCUUUAAGCUUUAUGACCCCGAGAAGGCAGUAUUAAGCUAUGCAGGCAGGCUGAUGGUGAAAAGUUCCAGUAAGCCUAUGGAUAUAACUGGAAAACUGAAUGAAAUGGUUGGCUUUGCUCCUGAUGAAGAAAUAGAACUUUUUGAGGAAAUCAAGUUUGAACCUUGUGUUAUGUGCGAACACUUGGAUAAGAAAACUUCAUUCAGAUUGUGUCAAAUUGAAGAUGGAGAUAUCAUUUGCUUUCAGAAACCUCUAGUUAACAAGGAGAUUGAGUGCCGCUACCCAGCUGUGCCUUCGUUUCUUGAAUAUGUCCAGAAUAGACAGCUGGUCCGGUUUCGUGCUCUGGAAAAACCUAAAGAAGAUGAGUUUGUUCUGGAGUUGUCGAAGUUGCACACUUAUGACGAUGUUGUGGAAAAAGUGGCUGAGAAGCUUGGUCUUGACGAUCCAUCCAAACUUAGGCUUACAUCUCACAAUUGCUAUUCCCAGCAACCCAAGCCUCAACCUAUCAAAUACCGUGGAGUAGAUCAUUUGUCAGAUAUGUUAGUUCACUACAAUCAGACGUCUGACAUUUUGUAUUAUGAAGUUCUGGACAUUCCUCUUCCAGAAUUGCAAGGUCUUAAAACCUUAAAAGUUGCUUUCCAUCAUGCCACGAAGGAAGAAGUGGUAAUCCACAAUAUCAGACUACCUAAACAAAGCACGGUCGGAGAUGUUAUUAAUGAACUUAAAACAAAGGUGGAGCUUUCGCAUCCAGAUGCAGAACUGAGAUUGCUCGAGGUGUUUUACCACAAGAUCUACAAGAUUUUCCCAUCAACUGAAAGAAUUGAGAAUAUAAAUGACCAGUACUGGACUUUACGAGCUGAGGAGAUUCCGGAAGAAGAGAAGAAUAUCGGUCCAAAUGAUCGCUUAAUUCUUGUGUACCAUUUUGCUAAGGAGACUGGACAAAAUCAGCAAGUGCAAAACUUUGGCGAGCCCUUCUUCUUGGUAAUCCAUGAAGGUGAAACUCUUGAAGAAAUAAAGAACCGUAUCCAAAAGAAGCUUCAUGUAUCCGAUGAGGACUUUGCCAAGUGGAAGUUUGCGUUUAUGUCAAUGGGGCGUCCAGAGUACUUACAGGACACAGAUGUUGUUUAUAAUCGCUUUCAGAGAAGAGAUGUCUAUGGUGCUUUUGAGCAGUACCUCGGGUUGGAGCAUGCUGACACUACUCCUAAGAGGGCUUAUGCUGCAAACCAGAACCGCCACGCUUACGAGAAGCCGGUGAAAAUAUACAAUUAGCCCAACAGAAAAGAACACAAUGCACUAACGAUUGUUUCAGGGAAUGGAAUUGUAACGUUUUGAGGACUUAUCAUAAGACAUACUCAUGCUACUUUUUCUGGUUAGAAUUUGUUCAGAAAGACAAAUCAAUAGAAACACUGUUC